UUAAUUGAUAACCUUAAAUAAUAUUAAUGUAAAAUAAUCCAUAUCCUACUUCUGAGCUCAAAAUAGAAGAACAAACAUUCAAAUAUUACAAUUUGGUUGAAUUAUUUGGUGAGAAAGUAUAAAGAUUGCCAUACUCAAUAAGAAUUUUGUUAGAAUAAGCAGUCAGAAAUUGUGAUGGAUUUAAUGUGAAAAAGGAAGAUGUUGAAAGAAUAUUGAAUUGGGAAGAUACAUCUAAGAAAGACACAGAAGUAGCUUUCAAACCUGCAAGAGUGAUAUUAUAAGAUUUUACAGGUAUGAAUAAUGAAAAUGAUUAAAGGCGUUCCAUUGGUAGUUGAUUUAGCUGCAAUGAGAUCAUAAGCAUAAGCAAUGGGCAAAGAUCCUUAAUUGAUUAAUCCUCUAUGUCCAGUAGAUUUAGUGAUUGAUCAUUCUGUACAAGUGGAUUUUCAUGGAAAUAAUAAUGCACGUGAAUAAAAUGAAUAGACAGAAUUUGAAAGAAAUUUAGAGAGAUUUAGAUUUUUAAAAUGGGGAAGUUCAGCCUUCAAGAAUUUUGAAAUAGUUCCACCAGGUAGUGGAAUAGUUCAUUAAGUGAAUUUGGAAUAUUUAGCCAGAGUAGUAUUUGAGAAAGAUAAUUUAUUAUAUCCAGAUUCAGUAGUAGGAACAGAUUCUCAUACAACAAUGAUUAAUGGUUUAGGAGUAUUAGGAUGGGGAGUAGGUGGAAUAGAAGCAGAAGCAAAUAUGUUAGGAGAAUGUACUAGUAUGGUACUUCCACAAGUUGUAGGAUUCAAAUUAACAGGAUAAUUGAGUCCUCAUAUUUCUGCUACAGAUUUAGUCUUAACUUGUACAGAAAUGCUGAGAAAGAAAAAAGGUAUAAAAAAUAUAUAAAUCUUAAGUGGUUGGUAAAUUUGUUGAGUUUUAUGGUCCAGGAGUAUCAACUUUAUCGUUAGCUGAUAGAGCAACUGUUUCUAAUAUGGCUCCAGAGUAUGGUGCUACAAUGGGCUUCUUUCCAGUUGAUAGCAAAACAAUCGAUUAUUUAAAGUAGACAGGAAGAAGUGUUGAGAAGUGCAAUUUAAUUAAAUAAUAUUUAAAGGCAGCUAAUUUAUUUUAUGAGGAAGGGUAAACAAUAUUUAGUGAUACUUUGGAAUUGGAUUUAUCAACAAUAUAAGCAUGUGUAGCCGGUCCAAAGAGACCAUAAGAUAGAGUGACUUUAAAUUAAUUGAAAUAAGAAUUUAGUUAAGGUUUGACAGCACCCGUAUCAUUUAAGGGAUUUAAUGUAAAAGCAAGUUAGGAUGUUGAAUUUGAAUAUUAAGGAUAGAAAUAUAAUUUAAAUCAUGGAUCAGUUGUAAUAGCAGCAAUAACAUCAUGCACAAAUACUUCAAAUCCAGGAGUGAUGUUAGCAGCUGGUUUAGUAGCUAAGAAAGCAGUUUAAGUUGGAUUAAGUAUUAGACCAUAUAUAAAAACAUCAUUAAGUCCAGGAUCAUAAUGUGUUACAUAAUAUUAUAAGGCAGCAGGAUUAGAUGUGUUUUUAGAUUAAUUAGGAUUUCAUAAUACAGGUUAUGGUUGUAUGACUUGUAUUGGUAAUAGUGGACCAAUUGAUUAAGGAGUAAGUGAAACAGUUUAAAAUAAUGAUUUGGUAGUAGCAGCAGUAUUAUCAGGAAAUAGAAAUUUUGAAGGAAGAGUACAUCCGAUAACAAGAGCUAAUUAUUUGGCAUCCCCACCUUUAGUUGUAGCAUUUGCUUUAGCAGGUAGAAUGGAUAUAGAUUUUGAGAAUGAAGCUAUAGGAAUUGUUAAUGGUUAGAAUAUCUUUUUGAAAGAUAUAUGGCCAAGUAGAGAGGAAAUAAAAUAAUUAGAAGACCAAGUAGUUUAACCAUAAAUGUUUAUUGAUACUUAUCAAUAAAUAAAAUAAGGAACAAAAAAUUGGAAUGAAUUAUAAGUACCAAAAGAUUAACUUUAUUAAUGGGAUGAAUAAUCUACUUAUAUUCAUCAUCCUCCAUAUUUCUAAGGAUUAAGUUUAGAAUUACCAAUAAUAAAUCCAGUUAAUAAUGCUUAUUGUUUAGCUGUAUUUGGUGAUUCAAUAACUACUGAUCAUAUAAGUCCAGCUGGUAAUAUAUCUGCUAAUAGUCCUGCUGGUAGAUAUUUGAAGGAAAGAGGAGUUCAUUAGAAAGAUUUUAAUACAUAUGGAGCAAGAAGAGGAAAUGAUGAAAUUAUGGUUAGAGGUACAUUUGCAAAUGUUAGAAUUAAAAAUAAAAUGUUAUAAGGAAAAGAAUGUCCAAAUACUAUUUAUGUUCCUACUAAUGAAGUUAUGGCUAUUUAUGAUGCAGCAGAAAAGUAUUUAAAUUCAAAUCAAUAAACAAUUAUUAUUGGAGGAGCUGAAUAUGGAUCUGGUUCAUCUAGAGAUUGGGCAGCUAAAGGACCUUAUCUUUAAGGUGUUAAAGCUGUCAUUGCUAUUUCUUAUGAAAGAAUACAUAGAAGUAAUCUUGCUGGAAUGGGAGUUCUUCCACUUGAAUUUACUAAUGGAUAAACUGCUGAAUCUUUAGGACUUACAGGACAUGAAUUAUUCACAUUGAAUGUCAAUAAAGAUAAUAUUAAAGUAUUCAAUAAUAUUCUAAAAUAUAUAGGUUAAUCAAAUUGUUGAAGUUGUUGUUAAGAAAUCAGAUGAUACUAUUUUCAAUUUCAACACUCUACUCAGAUUAGAUACUGAUGUUGAAAUUGAAUAUUAUAAACAUGGAGGAAUUCUUUAAUAUGUUUUAAGAAAAAUAUUGAAAUGAG